CCCUCCCCACCUGCGCCGAAAGUGGCCUCGGAUUGACAACAGCUAAGCAGCUGCGGCAGCUGCUAUUCUGGCUGGCACCAUUACCCACGCCCGACCCUAGGCUCCGCGCGUGCCCCGGACGGAGCAGUCCCUCCUGCACUCACGUCCUGCGCACUGGCAGGGUCUUGAACCAAAGCGGUGGACGCGGCCUCCAGUGAAAUCCAGCUUGUGCCAGAUGAGUGACAUCCCUGACCUGUCCCAGCAUAUCAAACUAGCCUUGACCAGAGCAUGGCCUGCAGAAUAUAGUGAAACUGCUGAAAUCUGCACAUCUGGACAUAGAAACAGGACUAGGGGUCACAGACAUUCCCACAUCACUUGCCUCAGCUUGCCUGGUGUUACUCUCCCCACGAGGCAUGUAAGGCAGUCCUCAGUCCAGGACACCUGGGCCCCAACCUCAGAAGUUGAGGCCAAAAGAGCAUGCAAGUGGCUCCGAGCAACAGGGUUCCCUCAAUAUGCUCAGCUUUUUGAAGAAGGUCUGUUUCCCCUGGAUAUUGGCUCUGUGAAGAAGGACCACGGUUUUCUGGACGAGGACUCUUUGGGGGCCCUGUGCAGAAAGCUGAUGACCUUGAACAAUUGUGCCUCGAUGAAACUGGAAGUUAAUUUUCAAUGCAAGCAGAAUGAAGACUUGGAAGAGGAAGAGCAGUGUACCAUCAGCAACCACUGGGCUUUCAAGCGUGAAAGUAAAUGUUGGUCUCGUGUAGGCUCCUCUGACCUACUGGCCCCACCAAGCCCUGGCCUGCCAGUGACCUCCAGCUGUGAGAGUGUCCUCACUGAGCUUAGUGCCACUUCCCUGCCAGCCAUCACCGUGAGCCUAUUGCCCGAGCCAGCAGACCUGCCCUUGCUAAGCUGUGCCCCCAGACCAAAUGACCAGCCAUUCCUCAGCCCCACCCUGGGCCGAGAGGGUCUCCAGGACAAAGCCAAGAAGCGCCGUUCUCGUAGCUUCCUUAAGCACCUUGAUUCUCUGAGGCGGAAGGAAAAGGGUGGCAGCCAGCAAACAGAGCCUGAGUGUAGCCCAGCCACCUCAAAGAAGACCACCAAAGCCUCCUCUUUCUGCAGUCACCGUGGCUUCCUCUCAGCUGGAUUCUACAGGGCCAAGAAUAGGACAGCCACCUCAGCUGGUGACAGUGGCACUAAGGCUCAGAGGGCUUGGGAAGCCUGGCCUGUGGCCAUGUUUCAGCAUCCUCAGCGGGUGCACCGGGGUGGCUGCCUUGUGCAUGUGCCCAGGGACCACAAACCAGGCACAUUCCCUCGCUCCCUGUCCAUUGAGAGCCUAUUUCCUGAGGAUGGACACCGCCUGGCAGAUUGGCAGCCAGGUAUGCCCUGGGGCUAUGAAGGGCGCCGAGGCUCCUGUGGCUCCACAGGCAGCCAUGCCAGCACCUAUGACAACAUGCCUGAGCUAUACCCAGCUGAGCUUGUACUGGCUGGGGCUGAAGCUGAAGAUGAGGAGGGUGGGGGCAACUACGCCCACCUAGAUGACAUUCUCCAGCAUGUGUGGGGGCUGCAGCAACGGGUAGAGCUCUGGUCUCAGGCCAUCUACCCAGACCUGGGGACUAGAGAUAAGGAAGAGGAAGAAGAGGAGGAGGUCACUUCAUCAGUAAAAGUAGCCACAGUUGAGGUUGAAAGGCAGGCUGAGUCUCUGGCCCAAUCAGAGGCUCUGACCCAUAGAGAGUCCUCAACUCUGGGCCAGGCUGAUGUUCAUCCAGUAGUCCCAGCUCAGGUUCAGGUUCAGGCUCAGGCUGAACCCCUGGAACAGGCACAAGCCGAGGCCCCACGCCCAGCCCAGGAUAAUGAGCAAGAGGCAAAUUCAGGUGGGGAACCAACCUCUGCCUCCAGCCUGUCUGUGGAAGAAGGACACUCCAUUUCUGACACUGUGGCCUCCUCCAGUGAACUGGACAGUAGUGGAAACUCUGUGAAUGAGGCUGAGGCUGCAGGCUCACCAGCUGGACUUCAGGCAUCAGCACCACGUGAACGACGAGAUUCAGGCGUUGGGGCCUCACUGACUAGACCGUGCAGGAAGCUCCGUUGGCACAGCUUCCAGAACUCCCACCGGCCUAGCCUCAACUCAGAGUCACUGGAGAUCAACCGGCAGUUUGCUGGCCAGAUCCACCUCCUGCACAAGGGCUCACUGCUGCGGCUCACUGCCUUCAUGGAGAAGUACACUGUGCCCCACAAACCAGGAUGGGUCUGGUCAGUGCCCAAGUUCAUGAAAAGGAGUAAGACCCCAGACUACCGGGGCCAGCACGUGUUUGGGGUGCCACCCCUCAUCCAUGUGCAGCGCACAGGCCAGCCACUGCCACAGAGCAUUCAGCAAGCCAUGCGCUACUUGCGCAACCAGUGCCUGGACCAGGUGGGCAUCUUCCGCAAGUCUGGGGUGAAGUCCAGGAUCCAGAACCUGCGCCAAAUGAAUGAGACCUCCCCUGACAAUGUUUGCUAUGAGGGCCAGUCGGCCUAUGAUGUGGCUGACCUGCUGAAGCAGUAUUUCCGGGACCUACCAGAGCCUAUCUUCACCAGCAAGCUCACCACCACUUUCCUGCAGAUCUACCAGCUCCUCCCCAAGGAUCAAUGGUUGGCAGCAGCACAAGCCGCCACCUUGUUGCUCCCCGAUGAGAACCGAGAGGUCCUACAGACCCUGCUCUAUUUCCUAAGUGACAUUGCCUCUGCUGAAGAAAACCAGAUGACAGCUGGCAACCUAGCAGUGUGCCUGGCACCUUCCAUCUUCCAUCUCAACGUCUCCAAGAAGGAUGGCACCUCACCCAGGAUCAGGAACAAACGCAGCAUGGUUGGCCGGCCAGGCCCUAGGGACCUGAGUGAGAACAUGGCUGCUACUCAGGGCCUAUCACACAUGAUCAAUGACUGUAAGAAACUUUUCCAAGUUCCCCAGGACAUGGUGCUGCAACUGUGUGGUUCCUACAGUGCAGCUGAGCUCAGCUCUCCUGGCCCAGCUCUGGCUGAGCUGCGGCAGGCCCAAGCUGCAGGCAUGAGCCUGAGCCUCUACAUGGAAGAAAGUGUCCAAGAGCUGCUGCGUGAUGCUGCUGAGCGCUUCAAGGGCUGGAUGAGUAUGCCAGGGCCCCAGCACACGGAGCUGGCUUGCCGGAAAGCGUCCGAUGGGCAUCCCCUGCGUGUGUGGAAGGUGUCCACAGAGGUAGCAGCCCCUCCGGCUGUAGUGCUGCACCGUGUUCUGCGGGAGCGGGCCCUCUGGGAUGAGGACCUGCUGCGGGCCCAGGUGUUAGAAGCCCUGAUGCCGGGUGUGGAGCUGUACCACUAUGUCACUGACAGCAUGGCACCCCAUCCUUGCCGCGACUUUGUGGUGCUCCGGAUGUGGCGCUCCGACCUGCCCCGUGGUGGCUGUCUGCUUGUCUCCCAGUCCCUGGAUCCCGAGCAACCUGUGCCAGAGUCAGGGGUGAGGGCCAUGAUGCUCACUUCCCAGUACCUCAUGGAGCCUUGUGGUUUGGGCCGCUCCCGGCUCACUCACAUCUGCCGUGCUGAUCUCAGGGGCCGUUCUCCUGACUGGUACAACAAAGUCUUUGGGCACCUGUGUGCCAUGGAAGUGGCAAAGAUCCGGGACUCCUUCCCCACCCUGCAGGCAGCUGGCCCUGAGACAAAACUGUGAGCCUCAGCUUGGUCCAAAGGUGGCGCCACCCAGGCCCCCUGUCACCAAGGGAGUAAGGGGAUAAAGAGAGCAGAGCAGCCCCUAGAUGUUGCUUCCAGGGGCGGAGCCAGGCUCUUGAAGCUCCCACUGACUGUCCCCUUUACUUCCUGAAGCUCCUCCACACAUUCAGGGGAGGAAAAGAGAAUUUCAGUGCCCCAUCUCCAGUCCACCUCCACCCCCAAGCCUGUGGUCUGUCCUCCCAAGAGAGAGGAGUCAUUUUAGGAACAAGAAGACUGCUGCUGCUCUCCAGGCCCACAGAGCCACCAUCAAUCUGAAGCCUUACCAGCUCCCCCACCUGCAGGGGAAGGAGGUAGAGAGCAAUAUUUGCUUCCAACUCCUUGCCUCUCUGAGAGGGCAAGCCAUCCUGUCUGGUGCUAACAUCCCCUUGAGGUUGGCAGGAGGCUCUGGUCCUGCCUUGGGGCCUAAUAUUGGCCCUGAACUGGUUUUUCCACAGAAAUUAGCCAAGAUGAGCACAGGGCAGCUACAAGCACUAUGAGCUGUUUUAUUUGUGUAAAUACAAUGCUGAUUUUUAUGAGGCUUAUUUAAAGAGUGAGCACUGACAGGUUCCUAGUAGGUGACAUGACAACUUCGGCUAGCUUGGGAUAUGGUAGUGGGGGGAGGUGGCUUCCUUUCUCAGGUCUCAGGAGAUCAAUGAACCAGUCUCCCCAGUUUGGGCCCCAUACUUUAUCUGCCACUCCCUGGUGUCCUGUGUGGCCUGUGGUCACACACUCUUUUGUCUGGAGAGCAAACAAGCUCACUCCCACCACACAGGCCAAGCAAAAACAGAUGGUGGUAAAAAGAGACACACAUCUGUAUCUGUGUCUCUUCUCCUGAUCUUCCUGCCUGUGGUAGCUGGCUGACAUAACAGCCCCUUCCUCAAGCAGAGACCAGGCCCCUGCCUGAGGCAGCCAGCCAGCCAGAUGGAAGGGCCUAGUGUCAACUCAGCCAGCUGGGGCUUGAUCCAAACCUGAUCCAUCCUACCCAGCAGCUAUCUUGGCUUAUGUGGAAUUUCCAAUGACAUUCAAAUGCCAACUAGUGCUUUAUUUUUCUUUCAGCAAAAUAAACUGGAGUGAGAUGGAUCCCAGGCAAUAUUGUUGCCUUUUAAGCCUUUUUUAUUUCUACCUAUAAAUACUGUACAGUCAGAAUAAUCUAUGUAUAUAUGUAUAUAUAUACACAUAUAUACAUAUAUACAUGCACAUCUAUAUAUGCACACAUAUUCUGUCCAGACUAUAUUAUAAUCUGUGGGUAUGAGCAGGGGUCUUGAAAGCCUAAGGGGACAGGGCAUUUAAGAUGAGGGAGGUGGAGACCAGGAACCAUGUGACCCCUCUGCAGAACAAUAAAGCUUUACUAGAGAUGCA